AUGGUUGGGAUCCAAAUACACACUACCGUCAAUUGCCGCAUGCUAAAACACUGGAUGGUGGUCCUUCUUCUACUAUGGUCUUGCAUUAAAGUUGCUGAGAACUUGCAACCUGGGAGGACUCAGAGAGCAGCCCCAUAUCCUCGGAGAGCUAAGCGUGGCUGGGUGUGGAAUCAAUUUGUUGUACCAGAGGAAAUGGAUAUUAGACAACAUGUUGGACAGCUAAGAUCUGAAUUGGACAAUGGAAACAACUCUUUCCAAUACAAAUUACUUGAGACAGGAGCUGGAAGCUUCAGCAUUGAUGAACGAACAGGUGACAUAUUUGCCAUACAGAAGCUAGAUAGAGAGGAAAAAUCCCUCUAUAUCCUCAGAGCACAGGUAAUCGAUACCACCACUGGAAAAGCUGUGGAACCUGAGUCUGAGUUUGUCAUCAGAGUUUUGGAUAUCAAUGAUAAUAAACCAAAAUUCCUCGAUGAACCUUAUGAGGCCACUAUACCAGAGAUGUCUCCAGAAGGAACAUUUGUUAUCAAGGUGACAGCCAAUGAUGCUGAUGACCCUGCAACUGGCUAUCAUGCUCGAAUCCUAUACAACUUAGAAAAAGGCCAACCGUAUUUUUCUGUUGAACCAACAACAGGAGUCAUAAGAAUAUCUUCUAAAAUGGAUAGAGAAUUACAAGAUACAUAUUGCAUCAUUAUUCAAGCCAGAGACAUGCUUGGUCAGCCUGGAGCCUUGUCUGGAACAACGAUUGUAUCAAUUACACUCUCUGAUAUUAAUGACAACAAGCCAAUAUUCAAAGAAAGUUUCUACCGCUUCACUGUAUCUGAAUCUGCACCUAGUGGGACAACUAUUGGAAAAAUAAUGGCAUAUGAUGAUGACAUAGGAGAUAAUGCCAAAAUGGACUAUAGCAUUGAAGACGAUGAUUCAGAAAUAUUUGACAUCAUCACUGAUAAUGAGACCCAAGAAGGGAUAAUUAUACUUAAAAAGAAAGUUGAUUUUGAGCACCAAAAUCACUAUGGCAUUAGAGCUAAAGUUAAGAAUCACCACGUUGACAAGGAGCUUGCAUCAGCCCAUGUAAAUGCCUCCUCAACCUACAUUAAAGUACAAGUGGAAGAUGAGGAUGAACCUCCUGCUUUCCUGUUACCAUAUUACAUAUUUGGAAUUCCUGAAGAAAAGCAACAUGGAUCAAUUGUAGGAACAGUAUCUGCUAUAGACAUAGAUCGAAGACAGUCUCCUAUAAGAUAUUCAAUCACUGGAAGCAAAAUGUUCCAUAUCCAUGACAAUGGAACAAUAAUUACCACCAACCUGCUUGACAGGGAGGUCAGUGCUUGGUACAACCUGAGUGUCACAGCUACAGAAACAUACAAUGAACAACAGAUGUCUUCUGCUCCUGUGUAUGUACAAGUUUUUAAUAUUAAUGACCAUGCUCCUGAAUUUUCUCAGUACUAUGAGACGUAUGUUUGUGAAAAUGCUGAAUAUGGUGAGAUAAUUCAAACCAUCAGUGCAAUAGACAGAGAUGAGUCAAUAGAAGAUCACCAGUUUUACUUUAAUCACUCUGUUGAAAACACAAACAACUCAAGUUUCAUACUAAGAGACAAUAAAGAUAACACAGCUGUAAUUUUGACCAAUAGAACUGGUUUUAGCCUUAAAGAGGAACCUGUCUUCUCCAUGAUCAUCUUUAUUGCUGACAAUGGAAUCCCAUCUCUUACAAGCACAAAUACCCUUACUAUACAAGUCUGUGACUGUGGAGAAAGUGGAAGCACAGAGACUUGCACUAGCAAGGGACUUCUUUUUAUCAUGGGAUUCAAAACAGAACUAAUAAUUGCCAUCCUGCUAUGCAUUACGGUAAUAUUUGGGUUUGUCUUUUUAAUGCUGGCUAUGAAACAACGAAGAAAGCAGACCCAAUUUCCAGAGAAAAGUGAAGAAUUUGGAGAGAAUAAAUUUUGCUAUGAUGAUGAAGGUGGUAGGGAAGAAGACUCAGAGGCAUAUGAUAUUGUAGAAUUAAGAAGCAGUGCAGUAAUUCGAGAAAGGAAGUCUUGGAGGAGCAAGAGUGCAGAGAUCAGGAGCUUUUAUAGACAGUCCUUGCAGGUAGGCCCAGACACUGCCAUAUUCCGAAAAUUCAUCCUAGAGAAGCUGGAAGAAGCCAACACAGAUCCAUGUGCUCCCCCCUUCGACUCACUGCAAACCUUUGCCUUUGAAGGCACUGGGUCAUCAGCUGGCUCUCUCAGCUCCUUAGGAUCCAAAGCCACUGAUCAGGAAGAUAAUUUUGAUUACCUUAAUGACUUGGGUCCUCGUUUUAAAAGAUUAGCAUGUAUGUUUGGUUCUACAAUGCAAACAAACAACUGAGGCUUCCCUAUACUAGUAAG